AUGGCCCAGCCGUACACGACUGCCCAGUACCCGCCUCCCCCACAGAAUGGCAUCCCGGCCGAGUUUGCGGCACCCACCCCCCUCCCCACGCAGGACUACACCGGGCAGAACAGGGUGCCCGAGCAUGCCAUGACCCUCUACACCCCCACACAGACGCACAGUGAGCCGCCGGGCACCGACAACAACACGCCCGCCAUCACCGCCAACACGACUGUACCGACAGAUGACGUGACGCAAUCAGAGGUCUCCCUGCAGCUCCAGCUGCAGCUCUCGGACUCCUCGGAGAAGCAGCAGCCCAAGAGGUUACAUGUCUCCAACAUCCCCUUCCGCUUCCGUGACCCUGACCUGCGGCAAAUGUUUGGGCAAUUUGGAAAGAUUCUAGAUGUGGAGAUUAUCUUUAAUGAGCGAGGAUCCAAGGGCUUUGGGUUUGUAACUUUUGAAACGAGCACAGAUGCCGACCGUGCGCGGGAGAAGCUAAACGGUACAAUCGUAGAAGGACGCAAAAUAGAGGUGAAUAAUGCAACAGCAAGAGUGAUGACAAACAAAAAAAUUGCCAACCCGUACACAAAUGGCUGGAAGCUGAACCCUGUGGUGGGAGCUGUCUAUGGUCCUGAACUGUAUGCUGUAACAGGUUUCCCUUACCCGGCCACAGGGGCUACGGUGGCCUAUAGGGGUGCCCACUUGCGAGGCCGGGGGCGGGCUGUGUACAACACCUUCCGCACAGCACCUCCACCACCACCUAUUCCAGCCUAUGGAGCAGUGGUGUACCAGGAUGGCUUCUACGGAGCAGAAAUCUAUGGGGGCUACGCUGCGUACCGAUACGCCCAGCCCACCACCGCUGCUGCCUACAGUGACAGCUAUGGCAGAGUCUAUGCAACAGCAGACCCCUACCACCACACAAUCGGCCCUGCCGCCACAUACAGUGUGGGGACCAUGGCUAGCCUAUACAGAGGAGGGUACAGUCGCUUCACUCCCUACUAACAGAAAGAAAAGAGAGAAAGACAGAGACAUUACCCCCCAACAAACAAAAAUCAAACCAAUUAACAAACAAGCAAACACCUCAUCCUUCGUGGAGCGCGAAAUCAAACUAAAAGCUUCCAGGUUACCAAUGCUGACCCCUCCCCCUGACACCCGCCCUCCCGCUACAGACGAUUUCUACAACCUUGUUGAUGUCAUCAUUGGUCUGCUCCUAUGAUUUGUUUUGUAUUCAUUUUGUGCUUUGGAUUGAUUUCGGAGAAGUUAUGUUCUGCACAUGUGACUGCUGUAGAUGGGUGCUGUGUCACCAUAUCCAAUGUGUGCCUACUGUAGUACGCAUGAUGCAUGAUCAGAGGGGUGUGUUUCUGCAGUGACCGUCAGAUGGAUGACAAUCUAGUGGGGCAUUAGAUACACUGUUAUUUAGCCUAUUCUUCAAUUGGAAUUCAAUGAAAUUCAAGCAGGAAACAAAAUAUUGUAUUCCAAUUAGCAUUAGAAAUAUAUAAUUAUAAUAAUAAAAAAAGACGAUGCACAUGCCCUGCUAAUUCUUAUUUCACAAGACGCCACUGUCAACUGUAUGAUUGCUCUGUAAUGUUGGAGUGUCCUAAUGCACUUGAAUUGGAGUCCUAACAGUGAUGUGGUGUGACAGCAUGCAGAGUGAGCACCAUUGCACCACAGUGAGGGGUCAGAGUUCACCUGGGGUUGAGACUGGGCUAGCUCUCGCUAAUGUGAUGGCACUCUAGGCUAAAGGACUUAGGAUUGUGAAGGAUUCAAUGUCUUUGUUUAUUUCAGGCACAUUUUUUCCACACUGAUCUGCAUGUUCACGUAUAAUUAACUGAAGUGUACAGUGCAUUCAGAAAAUAUUUAGACACCUUGACUUUUUCUGAAUUUUGUUACGUUACAGCCUUAUUACAAAAUUGAUUCAAUUGUUUCCCCCCCUCAUCAGGCAACACACAGUACCCCAUAAUGACAAAGCAAAAACAUGUAUUUUUUAUUUUCUUGAAAAUCUAUGUAAAAUAAACAGAAAUAUCAGAUUUAGUAUUCAGUAUUCAGCAUUCAGACACUUUACAAAGUACUUUGUUGAAGCACCUUUGGUAGCAAUUACAGCCUCGAGUCUUCUUGGUUAUGACGCAGCAAGCUUGGCAGUCCUGCAUUGUCGGAACUAGAAGCACAAGCAUUUCGCUACACUCGCAUUAACAUCUGCUAACCAUGUGUAUGUGACAAAUAAAAUUUGAUUUGAUUUCACACCUGUAUUUGGGGAGUUUCUCCCAUUCCUCUCUGCAUAUCCUCUCAAGCUCUAUCAGGUUAGAUGUGGAGCGUUGCUGCUCAGCUAUUUUCAGAUCUCUCCAGAGAUGUUCGAUCGGGUUCAAGUUCGAUCGGGUUCAGGUCCGGUCUCUGGUUGGGCCACUCAAGGAGAUUCAGAGACUUGUCCCGAAGUCACUUCUGGGUUAUCUUGGCUGUGUGGUUAGGGUUGUUGUCCUGUUGGAAGGUGAACCUUCGCCCCAGUCUGCGGUCCUGAGCGCUCUGGAGCAGGUUUUUAUCAAGGAUCUCUCUGUACUUUGCUCCGUUCAUCUUUCCCUCGAUCCUGACUAGUCUCCUAGUCCCUGUCGCUGAAAAACAUCCCCACACCCUGAUGCUACCACCACCAUGCUUCACCGAAGGGAUGGUGACAGGUUUCCUCCAGAUGUGACGCUUGGCAUUCAGGCCAAAAAGUUCAAUCUUGAUUUCAUCAGACCAGAGAAUCUUGUUUCUCAAGGUUUGAGAGUCUUCAGGUGCCUUUUGGCAAACUCCAAGCGGACUGUCAUGUGCCUUUUACUGAGGAGUGGCUUCUGUCUGGUCACUACCAUAAAGGCCUGAUUGGGGGAGUGCUGCAGAGAUGGUUGUCGUUCUGGGAGAUUCUCCCAUCUCCACAGAGGAACUCUAGAGCUCUGUCAGAGUGACCAUCGGGUUCUUGGUCACCUCCCUGACCAUCGGGUUCUUGUCCACCUCCCUGACCAAGGCCCUUCUCCCCCGAUUGCUCAUUUUGGCCGGGCAGCCAGAUCUAGGAAGAGUCUUGGUGGUUCCAAACGUCUUUCAUUUAAGAAUGGUGGAGGCCACUGUGUUCUUGGGGACCUUCAAUGCUGCAGAAAUGUUUUGGUACCCUUCUCCAGAUCUGUGCCUCGACACAAUCCUGGCUCUACAGAAAAUUAUUUUGACCUCAUGGCUUGGUGUUUGCUCUGACAUGCUGUGGGACCUUGUACAGACAGGUGUAUGGCUUUCCAAAUCAUGUCCAAUUAAUUGAAUUGACCACAUGUGGACUCCAAUCAAGUUGUAGAAACAUCUCAAGGAUGUUCAAUGGAAACAGGAUGCACCUGAGCUCAAUUUCGAGUCUCAUAGCAAAGUGUCUGAAUACUUGUAAAUAAGGUAUUUCUGUUUUUUUUAUUUUGAAUACAUUUGCAAACCUUUCUAAAAACCUAUUUUUGCUUUAUGGGGUAUUGCGUGUAGAUUGUGUGUAGAUUGCUGAAUAAAAAAUUUAAUUGAAUAAUUUUUAGAAUAAAGCUGUAACAUAAACAUUUUUGCAAAAAGUCAAGUUGUCUGAGUGCUUCCAGAAGGCACUAUACAGUGGGGACAACAAGUAUUUGAUACACUGACGAUUUUGCAGGUUUUCCUACUUACAAAGCACGUAGAGGUCUGUAAUUUUUAUCAUAGGUACACUUCAACUUUGAGAGACGGAAUCUAAAACAAAAAUCCAGAAAAUCAUGAUUUUUAAGUAAACUUGCAAAAUCGUCAAUGUAUCAAAUACGUGUUCUCCCCACUGUAUGUGACGUUUAGAGGUGGGUAAUCAUUAUUUUUAGUAGGCUACGCUGUCGACUCAUCUAUGAAGUACUGUAGUGCAAUUCCUGAUAACUAUUCACUUUUCAGUAUUGCACAAAACAUUCUGUACCUCAGGAUAAACCACUACAAGUGAUUUGAUCUGACAACUAAUUGUAUCAGUGGAAUGCUUGUCUGUUUAUUGAAGAUUUUCUUGACAUAAUCAGUGCUUGACUUGGGCAGAAGCUUACCAGAGCUGAGCACCAGCACCUCAGAUGUUCUACUGCUUGAGCUCCUGCACCUAAAUAAAACAAUACCAGCACCCAAAAUGACUAGCAUAAGUCAAGCAUACCCACCAAACACUACCAGUGGGUUCCCCCACUUUACAAUGACAGAGCAUUGACCUAUUGGUUUAUUUAGCCUAAAUCUCUCUGGAAGAGCUGAAUUACUAGAGCAGGUACAGUGAGAGAUUAUAGACUUUCCAUUAUGAGGAGAGAAAUGGACUGUGAACAUGAUUGUAUCAUAUUUCACUUUCAGGAGAAAAUACCUUGUUCCAUACAGCUCUAGGAAGAGUCUCGGUGGUUCCAAACUUCUUCCAUUUAUGUAUUAUAACACCUGCGUGUUACAAUGAUAUCAUUUACGUAUGUAUCCUCUCAAGUGUUAUCUGUUUGAUUUGGAUCAUUUUGUAGAUGUGACAUGUUUAUAAAGACAUCAUAUAUGAGCAGUUAUGUUUACUCAACAUGUUGAACAUGAUAUAGAUUAAUGUUGUAUACCAAAAUAACAUAUCAUCACUUGAUCAAAGAAAAUGAUACCUUGUUCUUCCUUUUAUAUACCAGGGUUCCACCAUGGGGGCUUUUAUAUGAUACAAAACAGCUUCAGACAUUGUUAUUAAUGUAUUUGUAGGUGUUUCUGAUUCAAUUACACCGUGUGUGUGUGUGUGUGUGUGUGUGUGUGUGUGUGUGUGUGUGUGUGUGUGUGUGUGUGUGUGUGUGUGUGUGUGUGUGUGUGUGUGUGUGUGUGUGUGUGUGUGUGUGUGUGUGUGUGUGUGUGUGUGUGUGUGUGUGUGUGUGCAUGUGUGUGUGUGCAUGCGUGUGUGCAUGCGUGUGUGUGUGUGUGCAUGCGUAUGUGUGUGUGCGUGCGCAUGUGUGUGUGUGCGUGUGUGUGUGCGUGCGUGCGCGCGUGUGUGUGCGUGCGUGUGUGUGCGUGCGUGCGCGUGUGUGUGUGUGUGCGUGCGUGUGUGAAUAGUAGGUUUGACACAGCUGGCGCAACUGGAUUCUCUGUGGAACUAACACAGAGAAUCCCCCAAGAACAACGGCUCACUGAAGCCAAGUUCCACUGUUUCUUCAACUCAAUUAGCGUCUACGUCUUAAGCUGAAUUUACAGCAGUGGAAUUCUGCUGUUUGAACACAUAGGCUUGAGACAGCUCCACACAAAAUAUAUAUAUUAUAAAAGAGACAGCUCCACACGCAUACACUGAACGGCAAGGAAAAUACUCCCCUCUGCCUUGGUCAAAGAGAACCUCAUGGCUUUGAAUUCUCCCUCUCACUGCCUACCAAUUCCUAAUGAUGCCCGUCAUUACAGCUGUUGUUUCAAAAUCCUAUUUAGCAGACGGCUACUUCUACACUGAACUUAAUUGGAGAGAGAAACUUAGUAAUUACUAUAGUACCAGUUGAUCCGCUUGAAAGGAAAUAGACUAUUUGAAUCCCCCUGUUCAGUUUGGGUGCAGAUAAGUCAUAAAUGAGUUGAGUAGGAAAGCCACAGUGUCAGAGACUGAGAGCAGACAUCUUAAUGAAGGCUGCUCUUCUGAAGCUAUCGUUUAGCAAAUACACUGGAGGCCAUAGUGUGACGAAUAGUAAUUCAUGUUUUUCACUGGCUGUGUGUUUUUGAGGUUUGCCAACUUCUUUCCUCUAGUCUAGACAUCCUGAAAUCUCUCUCCAUGACAACUCUUUGCCUCAAUAAAUCACUUUAUAAGUCCUAACUCAUUGAUAACCUAACCUUGUAAAACCUUGUACAGUAAAAUAGAAUCUUCCACUUUAAGCACCCACUCAUUUCCUGUCUGCACGUGAACCCGCCUGAUAAGAUGCUAGCUCCUAUGAGAGGAACAUCAAUGCCCAGGAGGGGUGUUAGCCGCCAUGCCUCACCACCAUAAAUUAGAGCAGGCUAAUCAGCCACUAUCAAUCACUGUAUCGCUAGCUUCACUUACAGGCCAUUCCUACACUACAUCUUCACUAUAGCAAUGUGCAGAUCUCAGUCUACCAGCAGCUACAUUUCACAGUUAAAAAAGAAAGUCGGCCUAGAACACACCUUUUCAUUGACAUCCUCUACUUUCAGGGUUACUCGGGGUCAGUUGUAUUCAUGAGGACAUUGCAGUGAUGUCAUGUUUUAACUUGGAUGGGUUUGAGUGUUGUCAGUUAAAGUUGUAUUGUGUCCAUACAACUCUUCCUCCCUUUAUAAUCAAUGUAUUCAUUGUUACACUGUUAAAAUGUCAAAUUAUCAAGGCUUCAUAUAACAUGUAAAUAGCUAAUAUAUAUUGUGUCUUAUUAUAUUUUGCUAAAUAUUAAACAUGUGUAUCUAUAGUGUAGAGGCUGAAAGGUUUUCCAGUUUUAUAAUAUCCCCAUCUACAUUUGUUUUUCGUAGCUAGCUACAUUAUUAAAAACACUCAAUGAAGGUGUUAAACCACAUGCCCAGGCAUAUACAGUUUGCUCACAGUUAAAAAUGUCUAUUUGUGUCAAUUGAACACACAGUUUGUUAGUUCAUUAUGAUGUAUUUACUAUUCUAGUCAGUAAGCCUUGAUAAGCUGACCGUUUAAUUUCUUUAUCCAUCUAAAAGAUUUGUAGAGAAAAAGGGAAACAAGCUAAAAAAGUUUUAAAAGUUCCUGUAAAUAUAUACAUGUAUAUACACAUAUAUUACCAAUUCUCUGAUUAUCUGGUUUCUAUGUGUUCAUAUAUAUAGUGGUUUUAUCUGUGUAUUUUCAAUUCAGCUGAACUUGUUCUAUGAGUUGUACAGUAUGUCAUUUCUAAAAAAGUCUAUAUGGUCUGAAAGGUGUAAGUAAUUGGCUUUUGAUUUAUUGGUACAGUAUAUUACAUUUCCUUUGUCUUCUUUCAUCAAUGACUUAGUUGUUAGUAUAUGUGACAUAUCUAAGCAACCUCUGAUUGUUUGAGUGUCAGAAUAAAGCAGUUCUGAGAGCA